UUGUGAGUUAUAACAGUAUGAUCGGAAAUGUCCAUGGUUGAAAUGGAAAGGUAAGUAUAUAAAUUAGGCAUGUUACUUUCAUUCUAUUAGGCUAGAUAGUAGAUUAUAGACGAUGAAAAACUUUUUUCUAAUCUCUCUAAGCCACCAUGGCUUUGACCCAACUAAAUUCACACAUUUAUUAAGUUUAAUUACAAUUUUAAUUUGUCUGUUCAAAUUAAAAAGAACUUGAGUUCAAAUGGUUAGCAUUCUUAAAAGGCUACAAAUAUUAUCCAGCCCAAACAAAACACCUCCACCCUGUAAAAGAAAACCCAUUUUUUCCUCUCCCUCCAAAACAACCCUUCUUUCUUCCUCCACCUUCUUCCUCCUCAUGGCUCCAUCAUGUUGUUGCUGGUUCCCAAUCUACCUCAUAGCCUCUGUCACACUAGGCAUCAUAGCAAUCACCUCUGCUAUCCACUCAAAUUCCAAACCAACCCCUCAAGAAAUCCCACCACAAACUCACACUCUCUCCACAAACGCAACACAGGCUCUCAAAAACGCAGGUUUCACUCUCAUGGCUGAUCUUCUUCACCGUUCACCACCCUUCUUUCUUCCACCACAAAACUCCACUUUCUUUGCCAUCAAAGACUCCGCUAUCACCAACACUUCACUCCCUCUUUGGUUCCUCAAAAGUCUCCUUCUUUAUCACACUUUCACCACCAAACUCACCAUGCAAGAGCUUCUAAACAAAUCACAAGGAACCUGUAUGACAACCCUUUUCCGUCAAAAGAAUGCUUCCCUAACAAAAAUCGAAACUUUGCAGAAAACUGUAGAGAUUAACCGUGUUUCGAUAUCAAACCCCGAUAUGUUUCUUGGCCAACAAUUCAUCAUUCAUGGUGUUGUUGGACCUUUUUCUUCUCUUCGACGUGAAGAUUUACAAGGUGGUUCCGAUUUCAUUCAUUCACCUACUUGUCCUUCAUCAUCAUCAUCAUCAUCAUCAUCUAAUACAAAUUCAACAUAUACGGGUGGCGAUUACAAGAAAAUCCGUGAAUGGAAUCGAAUUAUUCACUUUCUUGGUUCAAAAGGCUAUUCAUCAUUUUCAAUUGCAUUGCAUUCAGUUCUUGAAGCGAUUCUGAAAGAGUCAGUGAGUUAUGGUUUUGCUUCAGUUACAAUCUUUGCUCCACCUGAUGUGAAUUUACUGAGUUACCCUUCAGCAUUGCUUCAUAGAGCAGUGAAGAUUCAUAUUCUGCCUCAGAGAUUAACUUACAAAGAACUCAGUCUUUUUCCUGUCAGGACUCUGUUGAAGACUCUUAUGCCUGAUGAUCAUCUCGAAAUUGAUGGAGUUCUUGGUUUUAUGGCAGGUGUUGUUAUCAAUGGGAUUGAGAUUGUGAAACCUGAUAUGUUUGUUUCUGAGAAAUUUGUGGUUCAUGGAAUUUCUAGAGCUUUUAAGAUGGCUGAGAGUAAUGCUUGAAGAUGUUUGAAAUUUGUAUAGUCCUUAUGUUUUGAUGCA